AAGUGUCAUGCUAUAGAGGGACAACUUAAUGGAGUACAACUCUCCGGCUACAAAUCGGUAUAACCUAUACGUCACUGAAUUCCCUCGAAUUCAUUUAUACCUACUCAUCUUACCUUAUAAGGAAAAACUUUAGUUUAGUCGGUGAACACUACAUUUUUGGCACACGAGGUAAACUAUUUAAAUUAAAACAAUGUCUGAUCCUCGUAUAAGAACUCUAAAGAUUAAAACUGGAGUAGUGAAACGUCUCGCGAAAGAAAAAGUUACGUAUGAAAAAGAAGCAGCACAGCAACGUGAAAGGAUACAAAAAUUACAGGAACAGGACAAAGAUGGUUACGAUGUAAAGAAGCAAGAAGAAGUUCUUCAAGAAUCGCUCAUGAUGGUACCGGAUUGUCAACGGCGUCUCGUAAAAGCAUUUGAUGAGCUUAAAAAAAUUUUAGAAACGGAACAAGAUUUAAAAGAAAUCGAAGAUUACAUAGAAGCUGAGAAAGUAUUAGAAGAAGCCGAAGCUCAACUCCCUAAGGAAGGAGGGAUUAUGGAUAUGUGUUAGAAAGUGUAAUUAUAUUAAGAAAUUGCCAAAAGUUAUGAAGAAACUAUAUUUUCAUCUAACAAAUACUUUAUAAGCAAAAUAAAAUAAUCAUUUACCGCA